UCAGAUAAAGUAUGCAGCAAAAGUUGGAGUGAAUAUCAUGACAUGUGACAAUGAAGUCGAAUUGAAGAAAAUUGCACGUAAUCACCCAAAUGCCAAGGUCUUACUACAUAUCGCAACAGAAGAUAAUAUUGGAGGUGAAGAGGGUAACAAAGUUUGGCACUACCCUGAAGAACUGUAGGCAUCUUUUGGAAUGUGCUAAGGAACUUGAUGUCCAAAUUAUUGGGGUUAAAUUUCAUGUUUCAAGUGCUUGCAAAGAAUCUCAAGUAUAUGUACAUGCUCUAUCUGAUGCUCGAUGUGUAUUUGACAUGGCUGGAGAAUUUGGCUUCACAAUGAACAUGUUAGACAUUGGUGGAGGCUUCACUGGAACCGAAUUUCGAUUGGAAGAGGUUAAUCAUGUUAUCAGCCCUUUGUUGGAUGUCUACUUUCCUGAAGGAUCUGACAUUAAGAUAAUUUCUGAACCCGGAAGCUACUAUGUGUCUUCUGCAUUUACACUUGCAGUUAAUAUCAUUGCAAAGAAAAUUGUUAAAAGUAAGUUUUCCUCUGGAGUAGGAAAAACCAGAAGUGAUGAACCAACCUUCAUGUAUUAUAUGAACGAUGGUGUUUAUGGUUCUUUUGCAAGUAAACUGUCUGAGGACUUAAAUACCAUUCCAGAGGUUCACAAGAAAUACAAGGAAGAUGAGCCUCUGUUUACAAGCAGCCUUUGGGGUCCGUCCUGUGAUGAGCUUGAUCAAAUUGUGGAAAACUGUUUUCUUCCUGAGCUGAAUGUGGGAGAUUGGCUUAUCUUUGAUAACAUGGGAGCAGAUUCUUUCCACGAACCAUCUGCUUUUAAUGAUUUUCAGAGGCCAGCUAUUUAUUAUAUGAUGUCAUACGGUGAUUGGUAUGAGAUGCAAGAUUCUGGAAUUACUUCAGUCACAAUGAUGAAGAACUUCUUCUUUGUGCCUUCUUGCAUUCAGUUGAGCCAAGAAGACAGCUUUUCCACUGAAGCUUAA